UUUAUGUAAAGUCUGAUGCAGUUUAUUUUUAUACUGUUAUUUUUUGUUUUGAAACAGGUUGCAAACUAUGGGGUUGGAGGGCAGUAUGAGCCUCAUUAUGACUUCUCAAGGCGACCUUUUGACAGCAAUCUCAAGAAAGAUGGCAAUAGACUUGCAACCUAUCUGAAUUAUAAAGAUGAACCUGAUGCUUUCAAAUCAUUAGGCACUGGAAAUCGUGUGGCUACUUUUUUAAAUUAUAUGAGUGAUGUAGAAGCUGGGGGAGCUACAGUAUUUCCAGAUUUUGGUGCAGCAAUCUGGCCCAGAAAGGGCACUGCGGUGUUCUGGUAUAACCUUUUCAGAAGUGGAGAGGGAGACUACAGGACAAGACAUGCAGCCUGUCCGGUAUUAGUAGGAAGUAAAUGGGUAUCAAACAAAUGGAUCCAUGAGAGAGGCCAAGAGUUCCGAAGACCUUGUGGGCUAACAGAAGUCGACUAAAUUCUCCAGAUUUUGUUUUCGAACUCUUAGGUACUUAUUCAACUUUGGUUGUGGUCACAGCACCAAGGAUCCCAUCUGUACACAUCGAAAAGGACAGCAGUGUUAAAUUGCCAAAACCUGAUGGAAUUAAGAGAUCUCAUGUGUGAUGUGUCUGGUAUCGCAUUCUUUCACUAAAGAAACCAAAAAAGCCCAUUUUGUAAAUGUACUCUUCUUCACAGGUGCCUUUAUCUGUUUUUUUAGACUGUUAUUUAAAAGAAAAAUACCUUUUUAUGUUUUUAACAUUAAAUGAUUGAUUGCAACUCAUGACUGAUUUAUUUGAUUGGGAUACUUUUCUCACAGUAAAUACCUAAUUUAUUUUCUUUAUAACUACAAAGUUCUGCCAUUGUCAGCUUCUGUUCAGAGCUUUUAAGCUGGGAUUGUCACUGGAAGAUAAACAAACCUGCCUACUGUAUGUAUAAACAAGUGGAAUCUUUUUAGAUGUGUGAAUUAUUUUACAAUGUUAAGGAAUGGUGGAAUGGCAUAGGCAUAGGUGUAAACUCUGGGCUCUGUUAGCUGAUGGGUUUUGGGUUCAGGUCUUGUGAUGGACCAGAAUACUAUUCAGGGAGAGAGUCAAGUGCCCUCAUUCUUUGUAACACUGUGGUAACGAGUGAGAGCUCUGGCUAGGCUCUGGUCUGGACUUUCACUUUCCCUUUAGUAAAGGAGCUUUGCUUUUUAAGAGCAAUUAAUGAGCAGUGUGUACAGGCCUGUGGAGGCUCAUUUUGCUAUAGGUUGUUGAGCUGUUUAAAAACUGAAAAUGUAAUUUACGUUGAAAUGAGCAAUCCUCUUUUUCUUCUAGGCUGAAAAGAGAAGAAAAGA